AUGAUGGCCAGCUGUGUAAUUACGAGCCAUUUCUGAUGUCCAGCUGUGACACACACUCGUCUCUUGUGUGUGUAAAUAGCUGUAGGUGAUCUUUGGCCUCGACUUCGUCUCUUUCAGCCACUUUAUUUUUCUCUCUCUUAAAAUACGGCGCUUUCCCUUUUACUGGCAUUAAGUGCAGAUCUGACACUGACUCUGUGUGUCAUCCCAGUAACCCCCUCCCCCUCCCCCAGUGUCUGAAGAGAAGUUUCUCAACCCCACCUUCUCUCUUUUACUCCAUCUAACUCUCUCUAUCUCUCAGUCCAACAACAAAUGGAGCAAAGGGUCCAAGAGGCAGGAGGGUACAACAAUAGAGAGACAGAAGGACGAGUGGAUUUCUCACGUCCAGCACUUGUUUGUCCAGCAGGUUGGAUGGUGGUUUUUGAAAGAUGGAGAUAAAGAUGAUGGUGUUGAGAGAGAUGUUGGAGAUGGUGAUGGUUACAGAAUAACUUUUUCACUGAUCAACAGGAUAAAAACCAGAUAAAUGAGUAAAAUUUAAAAAACUUAAUUAUAUUUACUUUAAUAUAGGAUUUAGUUUUAUUUUAUAUUAUAUGUUCAUUUGCAAAUGUUAUUUAGGAGGUGUAUGAAGUGUUGUCUACGAAGAACGCAGCAUCAUGCUGAACCUCCAACACACCUGGACGAGUCCCGAUACCUGGUACCAUGAGAACAACAGCAUCACGCAGCAUGGCACAGAUGGCUGUGUGAAGGACGUGAACUGGGGGACGGGGGGACGAGGAGAAGGAGGAGGAGACAGGAGGAAGCAGAGAGACAGAGACGAAAGGGACGAUGCUCAGCUUCAGCUCCAGCUGAAGAGAAAACUGCAGAGGAACCGUACAAGCUUCAGCCAGGAGCAAAUCGACGCUCUGGAGAAAGAGUUCGAGAGGACUCAUUAUCCCGAUGUUUUCACCCGAGAAAGACUGGCCUCCAAAAUUGACCUUCCUGAAGCACGUAUCCAGGUGUGGUUCUCCAAUCGGAGAGCUAAGUGGAGGAGGGAGGAGAAGCUGCGCAACCAGAAGAAGCUGGGGGGCGGGACUUCAUGUUCUCUAACUCACACACCGCUCAGCACAUCCUUCAACCCGCCUGUCUAUCAUCCUUACCAUGGCAACGCCUCCGGCUCCACACACUGUCACACGGACUCGUCUCUAUGUGUGUUCAGCUCACUGUCUGUCUUCUCUCCUCUACAGUCAACCUCCUCUUACUCCACCAUGUUGUCUCCGCCCCCUUCUGCUCCUCCUCAUCUACCUCAUAAAUAUGAUCCCGCCUCUUACUCCGCCCCCCACCUGCCUCCUCCUACAGCUGGCACGAACACAGGUUUUCUUGCCAGUGUGUCGCUCUCAGGGGUUCAGGCUGGAGAUCAGGACCUGAGUUUGGGUCAGUACUGGACCAGACUGCAGUGAGAUGCAGAACCAGAGCAUCAGACAGAAAGACAUCAUCAGUGACCUCUGAAGCUAUGAUCCACAAGCCACUCCAUAUUUUACCAUAUUUUAUUCCUUCAGCCCUACAGGUUUUACAACAGAGCGUACUGCAGUGAAGGAAACCUUUAUAUGACAUUAACAUGUUCAGCUGCACAGAUGGUCCACUGUGUGUUAAACAUCUGAUCUGCUCUGUGUGACAAGUCGAAACCCUGUUAAAUAAUAACAGCAAUAAUCUGUAAUCAGAGUGAAAGUAGACGGAGCCCAUGAGGAGUAGAGUGAAAUUAGAUUAGAGUUUACUGAUUAAUUACUGAAAUUAUUCAUAAAUAUCUUUAAUAUGCUUUUUAUUUAUUUAUUUAAAAGCAUUUGUUUCUUGCUAUAUAUUUACACCUGUGUGUGUGUAUGAGCAGAAUAAGAUUAUUUGUAGUACUAAAAGUGAGCUUCAGUGGAGUGUGUGAACAUUUUGUCACUAGAGCAGAGUGUUUUUAGUAAAAUUUUAAAAUCUAUGAUUUUUUUAUUAUUAUUUAAUUAUUAA